UUCACCUCUCUUAAUGGAUAAAGAGCAGGAGCACUGGGACGCAGCCUGGCUCUUCCGCUCUGUUCAGCCGAGACUUGCUGCACUCCAAAGCGCUUCGCAAAAGGGAAUUAAAUUAAAUGUGUCCAACAUGGGACAGGAAAGCGUGCAGUGCAACUGCUCCAUCGACACCUUCAGGCGGGACUUCUACCCCACGUGUUACCUUCUAAUCUUUGUCGUGGGGCUGGUGGGCAAUGCCUUCUCCUUCUACUACUUUGUGGCCAUGUACAGGAAGAUGAGGAGCUUCACCUCGAUGACCCUCUACUUGGUCAACCUCCUUGUAUCAGACUUCAUGCUGGUGUGCUCCCUGCCCUUCCGCGCCUCCUACUACCUCACAGACACGUGGGUCUUCGGUGACGCCGUCUGCCGGAUCAUGUCCUACGUGUUCUACAUCAACAUGUACAGCAGCAUCUUCUUCCUGACGGCGCUGAGCGUGAUGCGCUACCUGGCCGUCACCCGGCCGUACAGGUACGUCUACCUGCAGAAGAGUCGCGGCGCCUGGGCCGUGUGCCUCUUCAUCUGGCUCUUCGUGUCCCUGGCUUCCAUACCUCUGCUGAAAGAGGGGUCCCAUCAAGUCGGCAAGGACAACGUGAAGUGUCUUGAGCUGAACAUCAAGAACGCAAAAACCAUCAUAACCCUGAACUACAUCACGGUAGGACUGGGUUUUGUCCUGCCGUUUGCCGUCAUCUCCUUCUGCUACAUAUUUGUGGUGUAUAGCUUGGUCAGGCCCCGGGAGGUGCAGGGCAACAAGAGGCCCAACUACAAGAAGUCCUGUGCCCUGGUGGUCAUCGUCCUUGGCAUCUUCUUGAUCUGCUUCCUGCCCUACCAUGUGGUGCGCACCCUCUUCCUCCAGGCCGAGCAGGAGUGCAGCGUGAACUCGAGUCCAGAGUUGUGCCACCGCGUCACUUGGUUGCGCAGGGCCGCCGUGGUCACGCUCGGCCUGGCCGCGGGGAACAGCUGCCUGGACCCCCUGCUGUACUUUUUCGCCGGAGGGAACUUCUGGAACUUCUGCCGCAAAGAAGUCGCAAAGCUGUCAAAGAGCAAAAGGAACAGCGCUGCAGCAAACCUGCCCAUCGCUGAACUGCGGGAGCUGUCCGUAAAAGCGGAAGGAAUGUAUUAGAAGUGACUGAAGACACGUCUGCAAGGGGGAGUAUCUUUUACACCUUCUGGUUUGGGAAACAACCACCCACAAAAAUGAUCACCCUCUCCCUGCUAUUAUUUUUGCGUCCAUAAGGGUACAAGGCGUAGUGAAACAGCAGGGCGUUUUAUAGGAAUUAAAGCUGUGAAUAGAAGUAUGUUUGUGCAAAGUGUUUUCUGCAGACAGUUUCGCAUAAUAUUCAUUCGUUGUCCGUCUCUCUUGAAUAGAGAAUGCAAAAAAAAAAAAAAGGCAAAAUAAAGAUAUGGCAGAUAAAAUAAAAUGCAGCCACUGGGAAGUAUCGUGAUUAAAUAAUGGGCUGAUAAUAGUCUUCGUGUGCACUUAAACCAAUCUGUUCCACUUCAAACAAUUAAGUCUCUAAUUUCCUCUGCUGUAAAAGCAUCCUUUCUUCCAGGUGCUGUGUCCUUGGCAAUUUCAUAUCACUUUCCAUUUUGGAAAGAGAAAAUAAAGACUAAAAAUGUACAAAACAGCAAAGAGCCAGAAAUGAAUAGGGCUAAAGAUGGGCUGAAGGUUAACAUUUCCUUUUACAUUGUUACUAUGCGCAGAACUAAAAGUAUCUGCAGCUCAUGUUAUACUUAUAUGCAUAAUAAUAUAUAUUAUGAAGAAAUAUUUUGUUUUGUUAAACAGCAUAAGAACCAGGGACAGUGAUGCUCUUAAAUCUGUAUAUACAUGAAGACAGAUGACUGUUCAUCAUGAUUACGAAUGUAAUUUAUUGUCUUUUUAAAAGAUACUGUUGGUCUAUGUUUUACUGCUGUGAAAAAUUAGCUGUAAGCAGUCUUUUCUUUUUACCUCUGUAUUUAAAGGAGAAAUGUGAAUUACUGCAGCAACAGAAAGUUCAUU